AUGAGCGCCGCUUCUGGUGGGUCCGCCACGAGCGCCAAGCGGGUCUUCAAGAGGACGCAGCUGUGUUCCUUCUGGGUCCGUGGCGCUUGUAAGCGCGGCGCGGCCUGUGCGUUCGCACAUGGAGAGUCUCAGCUGCGGGAGACCCCCGACUUGUCAAAGACAAAGAUCUGCAAGAAUUUUCAGACGGGCACUUGCCAGUUAGGCGAGCUCUGCAGCUUCGCACAUUGCCGUGAUGAGCUCCGGUCGCUUAGGCCGAAGCGAGCAUCCUCCAGUGUUCUCGUGGAGGUGCCGAGAUCGACCAAGGUGAGAGAGGGAUCCGAAGAGGUGCGCCAGGGCGGCGCCUCAAGCUCAAGCGAUCAGAAUGCUCAGGAGAUGAAGGCUGAUGCGCCGGUUGUGUACACUGUGGUGGACUUCGAGUCCGUGGAACGUGUCUGCAACCAGCUCAUGGAGCAGGAGGCGGUUGGUCUGGACAGCUGGGACGCCUGGGCGCCAGCAGCGCAUGGCACCUUUGGAGGGCUGAUUUUCGAGCUCUGA